AUUUAGCCCAGCGGCGAUGUUUUGAUCGUGCGAAAACACUUUUCACAUUGAAGAAAAUAUGGCGCCGAAAAACAACAAGCUGAAGGCAAAGGCACAAUCCGGCCCGAAGCUUCAAAUUUCGGCCGAAAAUGAGAACCGCCUCCGCCGCCUCUUGCUCAACUCGGCCCGGCCCAACUCUGCGGCUGUCACUGCCACUGCCACCGCAACCGCAACCGCGACCGCGACCGCGACGGAGGGUACUCUAACCAAGGCCCAGAAGGCAAAGAAGCUCAAAGCCGUUUACGACAAGCUCUCUUGCGAAGGUUUCACCAAUCGUCAAAUCGAGCUCGCUCUCUCUGCUCUCAGGGAAGCUGCUACGUUUGAAUCAGCUCUUGAUUGGUUAUGCUUGAAUUUGCCGGGGAAUGAACUUCCGCUCAAGUUUUCUACUGGAACAUACAAUUAUAGCGAAGGGGGUUCUGUUGGUGUUAUAUCAAAUCAACCGAACAAUUCUACUCCAGCCGUGGAUCCAUCUAUCACAACUAAAGAAGAUGCUCCAGAAUCACCACUUUUAAUCAAGAGACAGUGGAAGGAUGAUACAUUAGAUUCUUGUCUACCAUCUCAGGCAGAUUGGAUCAGACAAUAUGUGGAGCUACAGGAAGAGGAUGAAUCCGAGACUUGGGAGGAUGACAUAUUUAUGGGAAAUAGUGCCACAAAAAAGAUUUAUGAACCUAGGCCUUAUGAUGUUAUUGCGAAGGAGUAUCUUGCUGCAAGAUUGGAGGCUACAAAAGCCAAGGAAGAAGGAAAAAAAAAACGCCAGGAGCAGGCAGGCCAUAUCAUCCGUAAACUGAAGCAAGAGUUGGCUGCUCUAGGAUUAUCAGAUGACAGUUUGUCCUUAGAACAUGGUCAUGAAAUCAGUUCUAACUUCAAAUCUGAGAGAGCAUCCACAGGUCAUGAGCCUGUUGAUUGCUUUAAAGAAAAAACUCCAUGUGACACUGAAGGAUUGGCUUCUGACAAAACAGCUGUUGAUGGAAGUGAUCUGGAGAGCCAUAGCAUGGUAGAGCAUCUUGUUAAGUCUGGUUCACCAGUUGUACUUGCUGAAAAAAAUUCUGCUCAAGGGGAGGUUGGAGACGUGGAGCUCGGUGGUUUGUUCUUGGAAGAUGAUUCAUCUAGUGAAAUGUUACCUCCUGAUAUUGUGAAAGUACAUAAGCAAGAAAAAAUUAGAAGACUAUCUGAGAAAAAUUUGGAUAAACUAGAAGGCAUUUGGAAGAAGGGGGACCCUCAAAAGAUUCCAAAGGCUGUUCUUCAUCAACUAUGCCAGAAAUCAGGGUGGGAGGCUCCAAAGUUCGAUAAAAUUGUUAGUAGAGGGAAGAGUUUCUCCUAUACUGUAAGUAUAUUGCGUAAAGCCAGUGGGAGGGGCAAAAAUCGAAAAGCUGGGGGCUUGGUCACACUUCAGUUGCCGGAUCAGAAUGAAACUGUUGAAUCUGCUGAGGAUGCACAGAAUAAAGUGGCAGCAUAUGCAUUGUACAAACUAUUUCCCGAGGUCCCAGUUCAUCUCCCAGUUACAGAACCUUAUGCAUCUUUUAUUCUGAAGUGGAUGGAAGGGGAAUCAUCAAGCAAUCUAGAAGACAGUGAGAAAGAUCAUAGAUCUGGAUUCGUGGAUUCAUUAUUAAAUGAUAGUAUUUCUGGUGCAACUGCAUUUGUUGAUGUUACAGAUUAUAAGUGUCCCGAAUACUUUGAUGGAGUCUAUGAAAAUAAUUGUUCAACCAUUGCCCAUCAUCAACAAUUUGCUCAAAGAGAAACAGAUAUCAAGGAAAUGGAGAGUGCUAAUUUGAGACAGAUGCAACAUAUUAAGAUGAGAACACCAAGAUACCAGGAUAUGCUGAAUCUUAGAGCUACACUUCCUAUUGCAGCUCUGAAGGGUGAUAUAUUGCAAUUGAUGAAGGAACAUGAUGUUCUUGUUGUUUGUGGGGAAACAGGCUCAGGAAAAACAACUCAGGUUCCACAAUUUAUAUUGGAUGACAUGAUUGAGUCAGGACAUGGUGGAUACUGUAAUAUAAUUUGCACACAACCACGGAGAAUAGCGGCUAUUUCUGUGGCUGAAAGGGUUGCUGAUGAGCGAUGUGAACCUUCACCAGGUUCACAUGGUUCUUUGAUUGGUUAUCAAGUUCGUCUUGACAGUGCCAGGAAUGAGAAAACAAGGCUUCUGUUUUGUACAACAGGCAUUGUUCUAAGAAAAUUGAUGGGGGAUCGAAGCUUGUCAGGCAUUACUCAUAUCAUCGUUGAUGAAGUUCAUGAGAGGUCCUUGUUGGGUGAUUUUCUUCUAAUUGUCCUAAAGAAUCUAAUUGAGAAGCAGUCAAGCAAAGGCUUUAGAAAACUGAAGAUCAUUCUAAUGUCUGCAACUGUUGAUUCAAGUUUAUUUUCAAGAUACUUCAGCAAUUGCCCUGUAGUUACUGCUGAAGGCAGGACUCAUCCAGUGACAACAUACUUUCUUGAGGAUAUAUAUGACAAGAUUGAGUAUCGACUUACUUCAGAUUCUGCAGCUUCUUUAACAAAUGGGGCAUUUCCCGGACGACAGAUUUUGCAGAGAGAUGUUGUGACAAAGAGCAGGGGUAGGAAGAAUCUAGUCUUAUCUGCUUGGGGUGAUGAGUCUCUGCUUUCUGAAGGACAAGUUAAUCCAUACUUUGUUCCAAGUUGUUAUGAGUUUUACAGUGAACAAACUCAACAAAAUAUGAAAAGAUUGAAUGAAGAUGUUAUUGAUUAUGAACUGCUUGAAGAUCUAAUAUGUUUCGUUGAUGAAACCUGUAGUGAGGGUGCCAUCCUUGUAUUCCUACCUGGAAUGUCGGAAAUAAACUAUUUACAUGAUAAGUUGGUUGCAUCUAGACAAUUUGGUGGGCCAUCUUCUGAAUGGAUUAUUCCUUUGCAUUCAACGGUUGCGUCAAGUGAACAGAAAAGGGUGUUUUUACGCCCUCCAGGAAAUAUACGUAAGGUUGUUAUAGCAACAAAUAUAGCAGAGACAAGCAUAACAAUAGAUGAUGUUAUAUAUGUAAUUGAUUGUGGAAAGCAUAAAGAGAAUCGCUACAAUCCUCAAAAGAAAUUGUCUAGCAUGGUAGAAGAUUGGAUUUCGCAAGCAAAUGCAAUGCAACGACGUGGUAGAGCUGGGCGUGUAAAACCUGGCAUUUGCUUUUGCUUAUACACUCGUCAUAGAUUUGAAAAGCUCAUGCGUCCAUAUCAGGUUCCAGAGAUGCUUCGGAUGCCAUUAGUGGAAUUGUGCUUGCAGAUUAAGUUACUGUCUUUUGGAUAUAUCAAACCAUUUUUGUUGGAGGCAUUGGAACCUCCCAAGGUUGAAGCAAUGGAUUCAGCAAUAUCUUUGUUGUACGAGGUUGGUGCUCUUGAAGGGGAUGAAGAACUCACACCUCUUGGUCAUCAUCUAGCAAAACUACCUGUGGAUGUAUUAAUUGGGAAGAUGCUUCUGUAUGGUGCGAUAUUUGGUUGUUUGUCUCCUAUUCUCUCUGUUGCUGCAUUUCUGAGUUACAAGUCUCCAUUUGUAUAUCCUAAGGACGAGAGGCAAAAUGUUGAAAGAGCAAAAUUGACACUGUUGAAUGAUAAGAUAGACGGGACUGGCAACACAAAUGAUAUUGAUCGACAAUCUGAUCACUUAUUGAUGAUGACAGCUUAUAAAAGGUGGCAGAGGAUUUUUACUGAGAAAGGAGCUAAAGCAGCACAGAAAUUCUGCAGUUCAGUUUUUCUGAGCAGCUCCGUAAUGUUUAUGAUAAGGGAGAUGAGGACGCAGUUUGGAACUUUGCUAGCAGAUAUUGGUCUCAUCACUCGUCCAAAAGAUUAUCAGAAACAUGGAAAAAAAAUAGGGAGUCUUGACGAUUGGCUUUCUGAUGCAUCACAACCAUUUAAUAUAUAUGCGCAUCAUUCGUCAGUUCUUAAGGCUAUAUUAUGUGCAGGUUUAUACCCCAAUGUAGCUGCUGGUGAACAUGGCAUUGUCGCAGCAGCUCUCAGCAGCCUUAAGCAGUCUUCUAGCUCUGCAAAUUCUCGUCAUACAGUCUGGUUUGAUGGAAGAAGAGAGGUUCAUAUUCACCCUUCAUCUAUCAACAGUAACUCAAAAGCAUUCCAGUACCCCUUUCUUGUCUUCCUUGAAAAGGUUGAAACAAACAAAGUAUUUCUUCGAGAUACUUCUGUCAUAUCUCCAUACUCCAUUUUGCUGUUCGGAGGGUCAAUCAAUGUCCAGCAUCAGACUGGUCAGGUCAUAAUUGAUGGAUGGUUGAAAUUGACAGCACCUGCCCAAGUAGCUGUCUUGUUCAAGGAGCUGCGAUUAGCUCUCGACUCCAUUAUGAAGGAGCUUAUCAGAAAGCCAGAGAAUGCAACUGGUCUGAAUAAUGAGAUCAUUAAAUCAAUCAUCACUCUGCUUUUGGAAGAAGGAAGCACGCAUCAAUGAUUGACUAUCAACUGUCAACUCAUGUGAGCAAACUCACUUCAUUCAAUUAAAGCUGCUCUGGUUAUCAAGCAUAGAAGGCUGAUUUCUACCUGAUAUAAUCUGCUAUUCAUCCCCUUUGAACCUGUUUAUUUCUUUGCUGUCUUUGGACGAGUUCAACCAUAAGGUUGACCAGACCUGCUCUUAGCUUUUAUGUCCUGUGUAAGGAAAUAGCAAGUUGUAUUUCUAGAUAGGCAAAAAUCAGACCUAGAUGCUACUAAUAUUUGUUUAGGUGUCGAUAACUGCUAUUGUCGAGACUGUUGUGGUUGCAAUCAUAUUACAAUACUUCGUGAAAUGCUAAAUCAGUAGCUGAAUUGAGGAGGCUACAUUUGUAAUCUA